CACGGGCACAGCUGUUGAAGAUGCAUUCUACCGCACUCCCGGCACUCACUUUCGACGAGGUCGACGACUUACUGUACUUCACUCGAGCGAAUGAAGCGCAGGAGCUACAGCAGACGAUUACUGAGCUGGCGCAAAAAUACUCGUGCUCUCAGAAGGAUGUCCUUGAGGCUGCAGUUGAUCCGGAGAGCGGCAACACCGUGCUGCACUUCUGCUCGGCAAAUGGCUUAACGCAGCUACUUCCGAGUCUGUUAUCUGCACUUGGAGCCACAGAAGGAUCUCCCAUCGAGUUCGUCAAUCGCGGCAACAAGGAGGGAAAUACGCCACUGCACUGGGCCGCGUACAACGGACAUCUCGAAAUUGUCAAGGCAUUGAUUGCGUCUGGCGCAGAUAUGUGGCAGAAGAAUACGGCUGGUCACUUGGCCAUGUUCGAGGCGGAACGGGCUGACAAGAAUGACGUGGUGCAAUAUCUGCUCGAAGCUGGUGGCAAGGAGGUCGAAAGAGCGGGAGAGGAAGGUAUGCCAUCGGAAGAGGAUGUGGUCGAGGUGCAAGACGGUGAAGCGAACAGUAGUGCUCAAGCGAGUGCAGGAGACGUGGACAUGGACAAUGCACCUUGAGAUGGCGUCCACGAAGGCAAGACAUCAUGAAGUCACUAGCAGUGAGGCUUGUCGAGGCAUCGUCAAGGUACAUUGCUGUCAAGAGAAGGCUGAUCGACAGCUGUAAUUGACUGCCGAAGACACCCAGGACGGCCAGGAGACGUCCACAAGUAGUGGCGCGGCAUCACAGAGUCCGAUCGUAGGGAUGCCACGAGAGCGCAAGAUUGGCAGCGAGGUCACGCUUAGAGCUCGUCAGCCAGCGGCGUUCUUUGCUAAGCCAGACUUUACUACGCGCGCUCUUCCUCCGACGGAGCAUUGUCUUCACAGACGAGCCUGCGCAGUUAUGAUGAAAAAUGCGUAGGACUAGCCAGACAUCGAAACACCGUUGGGGGAGUUGCUCGAAGCGCACUAUGAAAUCUUCGUUCUCUUGUCAAGCCUCAGGCCAUCGGCGUGGUGACAAUACAAUCAUCUGAACCACAACAGAUAAUGAUAUACAGAAUACACUAUAUAGCAGGAUAUACAAAGCACGCCUUUA